AGUAAUAAAAAGGAGGAAAAACAAGAGACAGAAAAGAAUUAGAAAUUAUGAUACAUAAAAUGAAAUUGGAUGUUCUUCUUCCUAUUGUCACCACAAUAUUUAUAAAAUUGGUGCAUAGCAACAUAACUGUAAGUAACAUAAAAGCCAUGUACGUGAUGGGGGAUUCAACUGUUGAUUGUGGAGAAAACACACUUCUUUUCCCUUAUCUCCUUCGUAAUCUCUCGUUACACCCUUGUGAGGGUCCUCCUAAUUCAUCCAUUCUUCCACACCUUCUUGCAAAAAAGAUUGGAUUGUCAUAUCCCAUACCAUUCUAUAGCCAGAAUGGUUCUUCAGAGGUGCUUGUACGCGGUAUAAACCUAGGUUCAACUGGAGCCACCAUCUUGAGCAACCCGACCAACCCGCUCCUCCAGUCGCUCAACCAGCAGCUUCGUCAAGCAUUCGAGAUUUUUCAGCUUUUACAACUAGAACUUGGCCAAGAAACCGCGAACGAAUUUAUUCAAAACUCCACACUCUUCUACAUAUCUUUUGGAAAAGAUGAAUACAUCAAUCUCUUCCGCAGCAAAUCUGCCAAGGGUCUAGGAUCGGAUGCUGAAAAGUUGUCCCGUAUAUUGGUGGAUCAAAUGACUAAUGCUAUUGAGUAUCUUUAUGAUUCAAAUGUGAGGAAGUUUGUCUUUAUGGGCAUACUUCCUUUAGGAUGUGCACCAAGGUUUCUGCAUGCGACGAAUGACUCAAUCAGUGAUGGUAGUGACGUAGGCGGCGAUCGAGAUGGGCUGGUUUGUGCAGAUGACAUCAAUAACUUUGUUUUGGAGUAUAAUGCUUUUCUAGAACAACGCAUUGUUCGCCUCAGCAUGAAAUUAUCCGAUGCUCAGUUGAUAUUUUGUGAUUUUUAUCGCCCCAUGAUGGAGAUCAUUAAUAACCCGAACACUUAUGGAUUUAAGAAUGUGAAGAAUGCAUGUUGUGGGGAAGGCAUGGACAUUGGGUUGAGGGGGUGCAUGUCCAUGACUAUGGCUUGUCAAGAUCCUUCAACCUAUGUUUGGUGGGAUCAAUUCAACCCUGGACAUGCAGUCAACUCACUGAUUGCUGACUCAGCCUGGUCAGGCGAACAGAUGCCAGACAUAUGCCGCCCUAACACUGUUCAGAACUUAGUAUCUUCAAUGUGACUCAUCAAAACUCUUAAGAAACUUGGAUUUAUAGAUAGGGGGAAACAUGAAUAGAAUUCAACCAUUCAUUAUUCGUCUCCG